AUGAGGUGGAGAUGUGUUGGGUUGUGUUUCCUUGCACUGGCUCUUGUUAUUGUUGAUGAUGUACAGGCCAGACUGGUUCGCAACCAUGUCAGCAGCAUCUGCAGCACGUGGGGCCGGGAGCACUUCAAGACGUUCGACGGUGACGUGUUCCAGUUUCCUGCCAUGUGUGAAUACAAUCUGGUCUCCGACUGCCACGAAUCCUACCAGGAGUUCUCAGUGCACAUGAGGAGGAGGGAGAAUGAUGGAGACCCCACCGUCAGCUACGUGGUGGUCACCAUCGGUGAACUGUCAUUCCACCUCAGCAAGACGCUGGUCACUGUGAACAACGAGCCUGUCAAGCUGCCGUACCACAACGCAGGGGUCCAGGUGGAAAAAAAUGCUGUUUACCUCAAACUCCAGUCCAAAGUGGGCAUCACGGUCAUGUGGAACGCUGACGAUGCAAUCCUGGUGGAACUGGAUCAGGACUAUGCUAAUCGAACUUGUGGACUUUGUGGAGACUUCAACGGUGUUUCAGUCUACAAUGAGUUCAUUCACAAUGGUCGCCAAAUCAGCUCAAUUGAGUUUGGCAACAAACACAAAAUCCAUAAUCCAAACGAAGAUUGUGAGGACCCGUAUGAAGAGGAUUAUGAAUCACUGGACGCUGUGAGCGUGGCCGAUUCAUGCACGACAUUUCAAACCACCUGUAACCAGAUGUUGCGUUCAGAGUCCUGGAGCUCCUGCAUCAAACUGAUCGACCCUGAACCUUACAUCCAGGCCUGCGUGCAGGACAUGUGCGGCUGCACCAACAAAACAAAUGACUUCUGUGUCUGCAGCACAAUGUCUGAGUUCUCUCGACAGUGUUCCCAUGCAGGAGGGCAGCCUCCCAGCUGGAGGACACCUCAGUUCUGUGCUAAACAGUGCCCCUUCAACAUGGUGUAUGAGGAGAGCGGUUCACCUUGUUUGGACACUUGCUCACACCAGGACACGAGUUCACUGUGUGAGGACCACAAAAUGGACGGCUGCUUCUGUCCUCCUGGAACUGUGUUUGAUGAUAUUUCCAUCCGAGGGUGCAUCAUUCAAUCUGCAUGUCAGUGCAAACAUAACAAGGUCUAUAACUCCGGUGAGGUUUACCGACAGGACCGAUCAGAGUGUACAUGUUUGGAGGGUAGAUGGGCCUGUAAGAGCCUCCAAACACCUGCUACAUGUGCAGUCGAGGAGGGCUCACAUGUCACCACCUUUGAUGGGAAAACCUUCACCUUCCAUGGAGAUUGCUAUUACAUCUUAGCCAAGGACGACACAAGUCCAAAGUUCACCAUCCUGAUCCAGCUGGUGCCUUGUGCAAACCAAGAGUUUGAUACUUGUCUCAAAACCCUGAAAAUCCUGCUGAACAAUGACAGAAACAAUGUAUUAACGUUCACCUCAGAUGGAAAAGUGAAGCAGAAUACACAGACCAUCAGUUUGCCAUACCAGGCUCUAGGCGACAUCAACAUCUUCCAGGCUUCGUCCUUUCACAUUUUGCUCCAGACCAGUUUUGGGUUGCAGGUUCAGAUCCAGCAUGUGCCCGUCAUGCAAGUCUAUGUCAGUCUGGAUCCGAGCUACAGAGGAAAUACAAGAGGUUUAUGUGGCAACUACAACAUGGUCCUGUCUGACGAUAUGAAGACACCUCAGGGGAUCGUGGAAGGAACAGCCGUCACUUUCAGUAACUCCUGGAAGGCCAACCUCAUGUGUCGAGACAGAGAUGAAAGACUUGACGACCCCUGUUCCCUCAGUGUAGAGAAUGAGCUGUACGCCAAACACUGGUGCGCCUUGCUGCUGGAACCAAACAGCCCCUUUGCACAGUGUCACUCAGCGGUGGAUCCUGAGAUGUACCACAAGCGAUGCACUUAUGCGAGCUGUAACUGUGAGAAGAGUGAGGCCUGCUUGUGCGCCGUCUUGUCCUCUUAUGCGCGGGCUUGUGCAGCGAGGGGGGUGUUCUUAAAAGACUGGAGAGAGAACGUGUGCGAUAAAUACUCAAGGAGCUGCCCGGCAUCUCAGACCUUCUCUAACAAACAUCAGAGAUGCCAGUUGACCUGCAGCUCGCUGGGCUCAAAUCAGCAGAGCUGCUCCUCCGACUUCCUGCCUGUGGACGGCUGCUCCUGCUCUGAGGGUCUCUACCUGAAUGAAAAAGGCACCUGCGUACCCAUGGCAAAGUGUCCCUGCUACUACAACGAAGCGUACAUCAAGCCAGGGAAGUCCAUCAGCAUCAAGGACGAACACUGUGUUUGCAAUAAUGGGAUACUUCACUGUCAUUCUUGGAGAGCCCGCUUAUCAAAAUGCCCUUCUCCAAAAGAGUUUUUCAACUGCUCCUCUCCGGGCAAAGGAGAGCUUGGAGUCCAGUGUGCUCGAACCUGUUUGAAUCUGGACAACAAUGAUUGUGACUUCACAGAGUGUGAAUCAGGUUGCCAGUGUCCCAGUGGCCUCGUUGAUGAUGGCAAAGGUUCCUGUGUGAGAGAGAAAGAAUGUCCAUGUCAGCAUGACGGGCAUCUGUACGCCGCAGGAGCACAAAUUCCUAACAAGUGUAACACCUGUACCUGCAAGAGUGGAAAGUGGGAAUGCACAGAGAAAAAAUGUCCAGGAACUUGUACUAUCUACGGGAGUGGUCACUACUCUACAUUUGAUGAGCAAACAUAUGCCUUUCAAGGAGAUUGUGCCUACAUUGCUGUCAAGAACAAAUGUGGCAAUAAAACAGUAGAGUACAACUUUGGAAUUAUCACAGAAAAUGUACCGUGUGGAUCUACAGGCACCACCUGCUCCAAAACUAUCAGGAUCCAACUUGGGCGAACGGAAAUCAAACUAGCAAAGGGCAAAUACGAAAGGAUGGACGAGGGACCAGGCCCUGAUAUUCCGAUAAAAAUAAGACAGGUCGGCUUGUACUUGGUGGUAGAAUCUUCCAUUGGUGUGGCAGUGAUGUGGGAUCGCAAAACAACUGUUCGCAUCCUCCUGGAACCCCAGCACAGCGGAAAGGUAUGUGGCCUGUGCGGAGAUUUUGACGGUGAUGUCCAGAAUGACUUCACCACCCAGGGUCAGCUGGAGGUGAGCACUCCCACAGAAUUUGCAAACAGCUGGAAAGUGCACAGCAGCUGCCCAGAUGCGGAAACAAGUGUCGACCCUUGCAAAGCGACACCCAAUCGACAUCACUGGGCAAAAUCGAUGUGCAGCAUUAUAACCGGGCCAACGUUCAGAGGCUGCCACAAUAAGGUAAACCCCCUUCCAUUUUAUGAAAACUGCGUGAAAGACUCAUGUGCCUGUGACACUGGAGGAGACUGUGAGUGUUUCUGCACAGCGGUCGCAGCUUAUGCUCAAGCUUGUAAUGAAGCUGAAGUCUGUAUUGCAUGGAGAACUCCAGACAUCUGUCCUGUCUUUUGUGACUAUUACAACAACCCAGAUGACUGCAAGUGGCAUUACAACCCUUGUCACAAACCUUGUUACAAGACCUGUCUGAAUCCAGAAGGAAAUUGUACUAACCCUAUACCCAAUCUUGAAGGCUGUUACCCCGUAUGCCCAGAAGAUAAGCCCAUAUUUGAUGAGGACAACCAGAUUUGUGUGGCGCUCUACAGCCCCACCAACUGGACCUCCAACUCCUGGGCCAACUACAACCACAGAGUCUACAACCCUUCCAACCAAACCUCCUACUACAACUGUGGGGCCAACCACAACCACAUCUGCCACAACCCCAUAACCUCCUACUACAACAACAACCACAAAGUCUACAACCCCCGCAACCAAACCACUUACGACAACUGCAGGGCCAUCUACAACCACAAAGUCUACAACCACAACAACCAAACCUCCUACUACAACUUCAGGGCCAACCACAACCACAGACAAAAUGAGACAUUCUUUAUCUGCAACUGCACCAUGGCCAAAUGCAUUGAGAACGAUACAAUUGUAAUUGUCCCAUAUGAAUGUCCACCCAUCGAGCCCAUCACUUGUACCAACGGAGGGAAACCAGUUCUUGUGUAUGACGAGUACUACUGCUGCCAACAUUAUGCUUGCGACUGUGUAUGUGAAGGCUGGGGAGAUCCUCAUUACAUCACAUUUGAUGGAUUGUUCUACAGUUACCAAGGAAACUGCACUUACAUUUUGAUGCAAGAGAUUUCACCAAAGCAUAAGCUGAAGAUUUAUAUUGACAACGUCUUUUGUGAUCCAACUGAAGAUGUUUCUUGUCCGCGAUCUUUGAUUAUAUCAUAUAAUUCGCAAAUGGUUAAACUUAUAAAUCACAAUCUUAUGGGAGCAGCACAGUUGGAGGCUCUGAAAAAUGGAAUACGUCUGAAACUACCUUAUUCACAAGACGGCGUUAAGAUCUUAAAUUCUGGCAUUAACAUGAUUCUGGAGAUCCCCCGUUUAAGAGUGAUCAUUACAUUUGGAAUAACUGGCUUUAGCAUUACCCUACCAUUUCAAAACUUUGGCCAAAACACUCAGGGCCAUUGUGGAACGUGUGACAACAACCAGGCCAAUGACUGCAUGUUGCCUGGAGGCCAGCUGAUUGAAAGUUGUGCAGUGAUGGCUGACUUUUGGCUUGCAAAAGACAUUUCCCCACCCAGCUGUGAGUUACCAUCUGUGCUGCCCACCAAAGUACCUCCACCUCCAACAGACUUAAUUCCAUGCAAGCCGGAUAGCAUGUGCGACCUUCUUAGAAGCAGCAUCUUUGCAGAGUGCCAUCCAGUUGUUUCCAUUGAGAAUUUCUACAGAGGUUGUGUUUUUGACAGCUGUCAUGUUUCAAACCCAGUAGUGGAGUGCACAAGUUUGCAGACUUAUGCUGCUGCCUGUGCCCAGGCUGGGGUUUGCCUAAACUGGAGGAACCACACUACAUUGUGUGCAAGUGGCUGCCCGUCAAACACAGUUUACAAACCAUGUGGUCCUGUAGAACAGCCCACCUGCGAAGACAAUCCUGAAGAAGUAAUGAUGAACUAUACUACCGAGGGCUGCUUUUGUCCAGAUGGAAUGAAACUCUUCAACAAAGACUCUGGCGUGUGUGUUGAUAAGUGUGGGUGUCUUGAUCCCGAGGGCAUUCCUCGUGAGUUCGAUGAGCAGUUUGAGUACAAAUGCCAAAACUGCAUCUGCAAGGAGUCAACUAAGACUGUGACCUGUAAGCCCAAGGUUUGCCCAGAGCCACCUGCAGAAAGCUGCUCUGGUCCAGGGUUCAUCCUUGUCAACAAAACGAAUCCGUCAGACAGCUGUUGUUAUUCCUUUGUUUGCCAAUGUCAAAGCAGCACUUGCCCAGUUAUCAGCAUGAAGUGUGCAGUUGGACAUAUGCCAGUCGUCAGUGUCCCUGAGGGGAAAUGCUGUUUAGAACAUACAUGUGAGCCUAAAAGAGUUUGUGUCCACAGAGGGGCUGAGUACCAGCCUGGUUCUACAGUUCCUGUUCAGAUUUGUCAAGACUGUACCUGUAGUAAUAAGGUGGACUCCCAUAGUGGACUUUUCCAAAUAACCUGUGAGUUGCAGCAAUGUCAAGAAACCUGUGACAAGGGAUAUGAAUAUAUGGAAACUGAUCCAGAAGUAUGUUGUGGAAAGUGUGUACAGACACACUGUGAAUUCAGUCUGAACGGUACCAAGCAACUGUUGAUGCCGGGAAAAACCUGGUCACCACCUGAGAACAUGUGUGAGCAUUACACCUGUAUUAAGAGCGGUGAGACUUUACUAACGACCAGCUCACAUAUCGUGUGUCCACCUUUCCAGCAGAGCAACUGCCAACCUGAUACAAUUCAGACUGCAGCCAAUGGUUGUUGUAAAAUAUGUAUGGAGAAGGAGAGAGCCUGCAAGUUAGUACCCAUGAAAAUCGUGAUUUUGCAAAACGGCUGUCAGUCUUCUGAGAGGAUAGCCAUGCCGUACUGUGAAGGAUCCUGCAAUACUUUCACCAAGUACUCUGAGGCAGCAGCUGCUCUGCAGCAGUCCUGCUCCUGCUGUAAGGAGACACAGGCCAGCAGACGCACUGUGGACUUGCACUGCCUGAAUGGAGACGUGGUUCCCUACACAUACACACAUGUGGAUGAGUGUGGCUGUGGCCACACAGACUGCACUACACUUCCUGGAAAAUCUGCUCGCAGGAGGCGAAGCUUCACACUAGUGUAG